AAUUCGUUAAAUUUUCUGUAGUAUGUUAUUCUUUCCUGACAUGAUUGACAUAACGAUCUCAUCUCGUGCGCCGCAUAAACAAGGCGAUGGUUGAUUUCCCGUUCCUCCCACGUGACCCGUGGCCGUGGGGAGGGAAUGAUUGGAAAGCUUGGGACGAUGGUGUCUUUUUCGGCAUUCUUCAACUCAGUGUGUCCGUAAAAGAUGGUGCCAUCAAAUUCAAAGGGGUACAGAUAUUGUACGAGAGGAAAAGUGACACGGAUAUUCUCACUAGAAUGUCCUUUUUGUCGGAAUAUCAUGGAAAUUGUGUCGGCGAAACACAGACAUCCAACAACCAUUGCCGUUCCACCAUGCCAACCGCCACUCUCCCCCUUAUCUCCAGCUCCUCCUCUGCUCUAACUAAUCUACCACGAAUCCCGCCAAACCCCCCAAUUUCAAAUCAAUGUCUCUCCAUUAAGCACCGCCGUAGUAAUCAAUUUGAAGAAGAACGCUGCCUUCAGGAUUCAGUCCAAAUCUCCCGGAGAGACGCCGCUUUCCUCUCCGUUUUCUUUUUCUUACCGUCCGUAACGCAGCCUCAACCAGCGUCCGCCUUCUCCAUCGGAAUAUCAGGACCGAAGAACUGGCUUAAGGAGCAGAAGAAGAAGUCCGCAAAGUUCCUCUUGGCGCCAAUCGAUGCUUCCAGAGAAAUCCUUCGUUCUGUCUAUCUCUUGCUCAUGGCUACGGAUUCUGAUGAUAGAGAAAAGGACUUGGAGGAAGUUCAGAAGCGGUUGAGAUCUGCGGCUAGGGAUUGUGUUCCGCAGGAGUGGAAUUCCUUCGUUGCAUUUCAAGCCAAUACUGGAGUGGAGGUUUGCACAUUCCGCUUGAUUGUAAAGAAUGCAUCAUCGUUACUGGAAGACAAGAAUCCUGUUAAGUUGGAAGCUGAAGCUAUGCUGAAUGAUCUUAUAAGGUCCUUCACUGUUCUUAAUGGUUUGGCUAAUGAAACUAAUUAUCAAGCUGCUUCCAGUAGAGAAAAGGUUGCAGACGCACUAAUGGACACUAUAACUUCCCUUAACAAAUUUGAGCAGGGUGUUGAAGACUGCCUCAAAGCUUGAUACCUAGGGGUUCUUCAUGCAGUUAAAGUCUUAUGUUGUAUGUUGUGUUUUUAGAUUUUGUUGCUUUUAUCUUUUGGAGUUGGGUUAAAAUGGGGAAGUAUGUCUCUUUUACUUGAUCUCAGCUACUUUCUAAAGACUAAAUACUAUGUAAUGGAGGGCACACAAGUGAUACUACUUUGUGCCCGUUUAUAACAUUCUGACUUUCUGAGUUGCUAACUUGCUAGGUGCUACGAAGAAUAAUGGCCUAAAAGUACUGAAUCUGGCUUACUAUAUUUUUCAUUUUUGUAUAAGAUGGUAGGAAGAUUCCCAGUAGGUAGUCAUCGAUGAAACUCUCAGCUCCUCAGGAGGAUCAGCAGUCCCUUGUCUAAGACCUUUGUUUUAGCUGGGACUUUGAGCAUGGAACUUAUUUGUGCCCUUUGUGCCCUUUGCAACAUUCUGGAUUGCCACAAAGAAAAAUGGCUUAAAAUUCAUAAACUCUGAGUUCCCAUUGCUUGUUAGCCUUUUGAUAAUUGCAGAUUAUUAGAAUAAUGGUCGAUACACCUGAUUGACUCCUCUGUGUUCAACAGGUUAGAUCCUCAGAAGAGCAGGUUAUCUAGGAGAAGUAUUGGAAACAUUCUCAGUAGGCAGUUGUCAAUGAGAACUUUGUCUAAGAUUUUUGUCUGGCCUUGACUUUGGCAUGAACUUAACAAAAUUCUCUAUCUGCUGAUUUAGACUUGCAAAAUUGCCUGUUUUCAGUUUUGGUAAGGCAGGAUAGUUAUCUAAUGCUUUCAUGUUAAUAUUUAUUUCUAUGUCUAAAUCAGGUUAAUGUUUGAGAUUAAUUAAGAGGUAAGGAAUAC